AUGUCCUCCAAGUCCCGCUGGGCGGAUGAAGACCCAGAAGCAGAAGCGAUCAAUGCGCAACGCAAACGCGAAAAGGAAGAGAAACGACGCGCCAAAGCAGAGAAACAACGUCAGCUCGAGCAACAAGCUGAAGAAGCUGCCCGACAACGCGAAGCCGCAAACAAUGACACAGAAGCACCCCCCAAGAAACGUCGCCGACUUUCCAAUGAUCCCGACACAACGGCCGACGUCCAGGUUGGAUCAGCAAAACCACAAGAAAACACAUCGAAUAUACUACAGUUCCCUACCCAGGAAUGGGGUCCCAGUCGGCAUGUGGACAACUUCGAGCGAUUGAAUCAUAUAGAGGAGGGCUCGUACGGAUGGGUGAGCAGAGCCAAGGAUAUCACGACGGGCGAAAUAGUCGCCCUCAAGAAGCUCAAGAUGGACAACUCCCCGGAUGGGUUCCCCGUAACGGGCUUACGGGAGAUCCAAACCCUACUGGAGGCUCGUCAUCCAAAUAUCGUCCUCCUCCGUGAAAUAGUUAUCGGAAAUAAAAUGGAUGAUGUCUUCCUCGUCAUGGACUUUCUCGAACAUGAUCUGAAGACGCUCCUCGACGAUAUGCGUGAGCCAUUCCUCCCAUCGGAAAUCAAAACUCUCCUCUCCCAGGUCCUUUCGGGUCUCGACUUCCUCCACUCUCAAUGGAUCAUGCAUCGUGAUCUAAAGACCUCGAAUCUUUUGAUGAACAACCGGGGCGAAAUCAAGAUCGCCGAUUUUGGUAUGGCCCGGUACUACGGCGAUCCGCCACCGAAGCUGACGCAGCUGGUCGUGACGCUAUGGUAUCGAUCCCCGGAGCUGUUGCUGGGGGCGGAGAAGUACGGCACUGAGAUUGAUAUGUGGAGUAUCGGAUGCAUCUUUGGGGAGUUACUCACCAAGGAGCCCCUCCUGCAGGGAAAGAAUGAGGUUGAUCAAGUGUCCAAGAUCUUUGCUUUGACUGGGCCUCCAACACCGCAGACUUGGCCUGGCUUCCGUUCUCUUCCCAAUGCGAAGUCUCUUCGACUCCCGCAGACCUCGGCUCCAUCGGGGAACCCACCUCUUCUGCCACGUUCAAAGUUUCCCUUUUUGACAAAUGCCGGUCUUCAGCUGCUUUCGUCGCUGCUAGCCUUGAAUCCAAGCUCGCGGCCGACGACGCAGGAAUGUCUUUCACAUCCGUACUUCCGUGAAGACCCUCGGCCAAAGCCAAAGGAAAUGUUUCCUACGUUCCCGUCGAAGGCAGGCAUGGAGAAACGGAGGCGGCGGCAGACGCCCGAAGCGCCGAAGCGAGGCCAGGAGGCUCCAAGACUGGACUUUGCUAGUGUAUUUGGUGGCCAGUCAAGUGGUGACGGUGGGGAGACGGGGGCAGGUUUUACUCUACGCUUGGGAUGA